AUGGGCGCGGCGUGCUCCUGUGAGCAGGAUUCUGACGACUCUGUAGUCGUUGGCAAAGAUUCGUCUAAGGUAAGUCAAUCACUUUAAAGUUUUCAGUUGAUUCAAUCUUAUCAGCGCAAAUUUUUUUCAAGUUGUAGAGAAUUGCGCUUCAUGAAAUCGUUGAAGUCCGUGAAAAAAAAAAUUUUUUUUAACAAAAAAGAAAAGCAAGUCGUUUUUACUGUUUUUUAAGUCACUUUUAUUAGAGUUCGCUGAGACGUAUUCUUAAUACAAACUAGAAAAAGCGAAUCACGAAGUAAAUAUCUUUCCAGAAGUCCGAUAUCAUCCACUUCUUCAUGCUGGGAAUCGAAGGAGCCGGCAAAACGACAAUCAUCCGUCAAUUAAAGUGUUUGUGCACACAAAAACCGAACAAUUACCAGGUGGGGAAAGAAAUCAUUAACUGAUUCUAAGAUUCUUCAGAUGUACGACGAAAACUGGAAGUUGGUUCCCACAGAGAAAGUGUUUGCCAGCAGUGAGCUGGACGAUCUCAAAAAGGUCGUUCGUAUCAACCUUAUCAUUGCUCUUGCCUCACUGGCCGAGGUCCUCCGCCAUUAAUCUCCAUUACAACAGAAAAUUUUAGAGAACUAUGGUACGUGGCGCCAUCAUUCAAAACAAAGCCGCGAUGGAGAAAAUCAUGUCGAAAUCCGAGGAGAUUCACCACUCAGGCAAAGACAUCUACGACUUUCACAACCGAAUCGAGACCGUCUUCGGUGAUCAUAUCGUAGAGCUGCUGGCCGACCCGGAGGUGAGCUCAACCAAUGUAAAGAAUCUUAAAGAGCUGUUAGAAACUUUUAAAAAAUGAAUAGCUGAUAAAUUAUAAGCACGAAGAGAAAAUUGAGAUAGCCAAGACUCUGGAGCACAUGAACAGCACGGUGGGACUGAAAGUGGAGGACGGAACGCUAUACUUUAUAAAAGAGUCGAGCAAGAUCCUCAACAUUUUCAACGACGCCUACCAGCUGUCGCCAGACGACAUCGUGCACGUUCGAAAACCGACAGUCACGUUCAAAAGUUACCGAUUUCGAAUCAAACAGCUGCGCGUUGAGAUUCACGACAUGGGUGGCCAGAAAACCGAGCUGGUCAGUUUUUUCUAUAGCUCUGUCAGGUAUGGAACUACUUUUCAAGGUGAAAGUGCCCGAGUUCAUGAAGCAAUUUCUCACCAGCGACGGCCAUUGCUUUCUGCUAUAUGUCUCAUCGAUGGCCGGAUUCCAUGAGCCUGACAAAGAAAAUCGAGACAAGACUGUCCUUGAUAAAAGCUUGAAGAUCAUGGACGUGCGGAAACUACUGCCUUUUUGUACAAAACUUCUGAUUCCAGAUAGUUUUAACGCUGGACGGUGUCGACGAAUGCAGCUUGAUGUUGUUCAUCAACAAACAAGACCGCUUCGAGGAAAUCGUGAGGGAGAAAUCUCGAACGGUCGAAGGACAAGAAGAAAUCAACCGACUUUUGGGCAAAUAUGUUAGAGAAGGUUAUUUUGAAAAAUAGAUACGUGUGAAUUGAAAGAAAGAGCUGUAGGAAAGAAACAAAAAAGCGAGAAUUUCGAGCAUCUGAAAGAUGCGGUGGCGACGAGGUUCAAAGAAGUGAUAAAGCCGCGGAGAAAAGGCAACAGUUCCAAGGGAUACUACAUCAAGUGA